GCGCUCCAUCGUGUCUGGCUUGACAUGCUCACGUCGCGCGUUUGUUGUUGCCGUGGCGAGAACAAACGGCACUCCAAGGUGCACUCAACGGGCAGGUGUAAAGCCGUAUUAUUUAAUGCGAUUGAGUUCUGUAAUAUAACGGUAUUGAGAGAUCGCCGCUGAAAACCACAGCGCUAUUUGAUGAAUGCAGACAAUCAGUGGACACAAGGAACGAUUUUUUUGGUGCCCGAGUAAUUUUGUGACGUUGUAAUGAUGUUUUACGUCGACACGGGUUGACUUCCUAUUUACAUGGGUGAUAUGAUUGACUUGUGAGUGCAAUUGACUAAAGCAGUCAGUUACAUCCCGGCGGGGUAUUUUUAUUCCUCCAUGGAUAGAGUGAAAAUGGAGUUUCGAGAAACCUGUCGGCUCUGUCCUCCCUCGACGAGGUGACAUUGAUCGUCACUUGUGAGACAUCAUGACCCAAGUAGGAGUUCGCGAUGCCACAGGCCGCUUCAUCGAGACCUUUGAGAUCUUCGCCAAGCUGCCGGGGCCUGGAUCGCUGACACCCAUCACGGUCCGCCACCAAACCACGGUGGGAGAGCUGAAGUCCCUGGUAGAGCUCGUCUGCGGGAUCCCUACCGAUCUCCAGCUGCUCUCGUACCGCCACCAUGCCGUGCUGACGGACGGGGACACGCUGGGCAAGCUGUGCGUCUUGCCCGGGGCGCGCCUGCCCGUCAGGAUCGCGUACGGUUACGAUGGUCUGGUGGAGUCUGCACUCAGGGGAGACUUAAAGGAGGUGAUGAGGUCCGUUACCAUGACGAAGGAUGCAGGAGGGAUGGCCAAGAGGAUGUUUGUGGCCAUGUUCAUAGCGGCACAUAAAGGGUUCCACUACUUGGUCGACAGAAUGCUUUGCGAAGGAGCUCAUCCAGAUACACAGACUCCCACCGGAAGAACAGCCCUCCACGUGGCCUGUGCAAUGGGAAACAGCGGUUGCCUGGAUAGCCUCCUACAGCACGGCGCCUCAUUGGACAUCCAUGAUUCCUCAGGCAAGACUGCCGCCCAGACGGCCGUUUCAUGCGGCCAACAGAGCGCCCAGCGACGCCUCGUCCUGUACUCCAGAAUCCGGGCCAACAAAGCCACCAGAGAGAAGCCCUGCAGUUGGUCAACGUCCCCGAGGUUUCCCAAGUCCAAGCUUGGCAGCAGCGUGACGCCCACUCUGUCCCUGCAAGAUCUGGCCAUCUCCCCCGGGCCCGAACUCAUGAUCACAACAUGGAGUGGCCGAGAGCACCACCAUCACUACUUUGACAAGAGGCCACGGUCCGCCAAAGCUGCCCUGUUUCAGACAGACAGUAGUACCUCUAGUACGGAGAGCUGGAGUUCAUUGAGAGAUGGGAGAAAAGAUUCUCAACGCCAGCAGGCAACAACUGAAUCACAAGAGGAAUCGUCGGUUCCACCUCAAGAAGUACCUCAAAAUGAACUCGUCAUGACCCGAUCACUUCGUCUCCACGACCGUCCGAAGUCCGCGUCGUCCCUCGCGGCCAUCAAGCAGGCCAGAGCGAAUAGUCCGUCAGUCAAAUCGGUCAAGUUCGCCUUCGACAAAACUCACACCAAGCCAGCAUCUGGCAUGUCCAAGUACUCCAGUUACCACGGAUGUUCAGUUUCUCCAACGCCACCUGACACGCAUCGGUAUUCUACGCAAACAACUUCUCUUUCACUGAAAAGUGCCCUGAGAUCAAAGGAACAUUUAGUUGACGAUGACCAAGCAGUUGCCCUUGGAGACACACAGCGUAUAAAGGUGAGAAAGGAAGAGGAUUCUACUUCCAAGGGAAACCAGAAAAAUCAACCACCUUCAGGUGCCGCUGUGAGUGCAGAUUAUCAGGAGACGCAUCAAUCUGCAACAGUCGAUGCCGCAAUGGAUGAUUCAUCUUCUGGAAGCAGCUGCCACUCGACGCACGAAAUGGAUCCCAAAGAAGUCAACAGUUUGAGGAUGGACUAUCUCAACGAUAAACUCCGAGAAAUGGUCGGCUUACCGGUGCAGCACCCUCAACGAUUAGAGUUUAUGAAAGAGAGAGAAGACAAACAGCUACACGGUAACUCGACAGCAAAAAGAACAAGGAAACCCACUCCGGAGGAGAACGAACGAGCUUUUGAAGAGUGGCUGUCGUCCAAGACACAAGAUGCCAGGGACCGGAAAUUGGUCAAGAGAGUCGGUAAGAUGCUGGAUGACGCCUUCGGCAAGAAGGACGAGACGCUCAUAGCUGACGAGGAUGAAGAUCAAACGCAAAAGCGAACCCCGUUGAAAUUCGAGGCCUGGUCGGAAAAGAAGGCCAAACAGGAACAACUUGAUGUUGCCAAACGGGACGCUGAGGCGUCUAAACAGGAACUAAAAAAAAGGGAGCAGCUAGAGGCCCGGUUGAACAGCGGCACAAUGGUCGACGCUUGGUUAGCAGAGAAGCUCCAGAAGCAGAGACAAGAGAGGUUGGCUGAGAAGUUAAGGGAGCGUGAACGGCAGCGACUCAAGACGGAACAGGAGAAGGCUGCCAAGGGAGUCUUCCAGAAGUGGUGCAUGCAGAAGGAGUGGGAGGAGCUGCAGAUGCUGAGGGGGAGACUGAACUCUGGAUGUAAGAGGCGCCCAAAAUCAGGAAGUAGCAAAAGUAAAGCACCGCUCCAAAGUAGUCAAGCCCCAUCGCGGCGGACUCGGUCACACUCUGCACCACCUCGGAGACAUCACCCACCCCAUUUAUAGCGUCUCUCUUUGACACAGUUACUAUUUUUCAGCCUAUACCGUUUAUCAAUCAACUGAAAAAUUACAUAAGUGAUUGCAUGUAUAAAGGUUUCUCCUUGUAAACGGCCACGGUGCAGAAAUCCAAUUUUGUGCAUUCCGUAAAGGUAUCUGGAUGAACUUUAUCAAGUUGCUUUUUGUGGCAAUUGUGCUGGUUGCACUUGCUGGGCCUAUGCACUUGCUGUCUCCCUGCUAACUCCUAAUUUUAUUUUUUUCUAAUUUAUCAGAUACUACAUGUUGCCUUAAAAUU